AUGAGUUCGAAAGCUGCCGUGAAAUUCUGGUAUUUACAUCGUCCAAAGACAAUGGCGUAUGUUCAUAAGAAUGCAACAAAGGUUCAGAGUCUUGGACGUGCUUUUGCUGUACGAAAGCUACGACAAAAACAUGGAGCUCAGUAUAUGGCUGAUUUGGCACGACAGGAUCAAGAUAGACGUGAUGCAGAUAUGCUCAAGGAACUCUCCGAUGACGAACGUGCAGCUAAAGAAUUAAAUGAUGCUGCCUAUGAUACACGUGUGGAAGAAUCAAGACGCUUACGUCGUGAACAAAUUGAGAAUGAACGUCGUGCGGAAGAAGAGAUUCGUAUGAAACAGGCAGAAGCCGCGUCGGAGCGUCGUCGUCUUGAAGAAGAACGCAAGGCUGCAGCGAUUGCGGCUCAGGAGGAAGCUGAGCAGCUAGCAGAAGAGGAGAGAGUCCGCAAGGAGCAAGAAAUGGAGGAAGAGCGUCGACGUCAAGAAGAGGAGACGAUGCGACUUCAAGAGCUUCGUUUGAUUGAGGAGGAAGAACGUCGUGUUGCUGAAGAGGCUGAGGCCAAGCGCAAGGCUGAAGAGAAGCGACUGGCCGUUUUGGAAGCUGCUCGCCUGGCUGAGGAGGAGGCAAUUCGUGCGGAAGAAGUGCGUCUUGCCGAGGAAAAGCGGAUUCGUGAAGAAGAAGAGGAGCGGCUUCGCCGUGAAGAGGAGGAACGUCUUGCUGAAGAGGAGCGGAUUUGCGCGGAAGAGGAGGAGGCUGUUUUUCUUGCUGCUCAGUCUCGCGAGGAGGAGGAACGUCUUGAACGUGAGGCCGAGAAAGCGCGUAUUUUGGAAGAAGAGAAGCGCCGUGCGCAAGCGGAGCGUGAAGAUCGUGAGCGUAAACUCGCAGAGAUGGCUCUUGCUGCCAAGGUAGCCGAAGAAGAGGCGGAGCGCAUUCGUCAAGAGCGCAUACAGCAAGAAAAAAAUGAAAAGUAUGAGCAAUCGAUGUCGAAGGACGUGCCAGUGCUCGUACGUCAGCGUGGCCCGGGCCGCAUUGUGAGCUACGACAAGCAUCGCGAAACAUAUGCUGUCGAAAUGGAUAGCUCAGUGGGUGCGAUGCAGAUCACUGUGCCAAGUGGCGACAUCGAUCUUGACGACGAGCGUAUUUUGUCUCCGCGCACCAAAGUGGACACGCCGUUUGGCACGGGUGAGGUCGUGGGUCUUGACCCACAUGUUGGAUGUUAUGCUAUUAACACUGAGAUCAACGCACCGGACGACGACCAGUUCCUGGCGUUUGUGCAGAUUAAGGAUGUUGUUGUUCACGUAGAGGAACAAGAGGAGCGUGCGAUUGUGGAGGAUGCUUCGUUACCAAUUCCUGAUGAGAUCGGUCUCGAAUCCGCUCGCAUUGUUGAUAGCCGCAUUGUAAAUCGGACGGGCAGCAAAUUUAUUCAGUACAAGCUGGAAAUCCGCACAACGAAUUAUGGCACGGUGUUCUGUUGGAAGCGUUAUCGUACCUUUCGCUCCUUAUGUGACCGUCUCAUGAAAGAAAACGGGAUGAAACGCCGUGACAUUCCAGACCUUCCGCACCGUCACCUUGUAGAGCAUUUGCAGUGGGGCAUUCGUGUUGAUGACCAGAUUGCCGUGUAUAAGCGCCGUAACAAACGUGCAACACAACCCAGCAGUCAACCUCAUAGCCGUGGCACCCGCAGCAUUUUCUCGCGACGACGGUAA